UGUGAAAACUUUACCAUUCACCCCCGUCCUGUGUCGAGAGGAGUCUAAUUAUAUUUUUACUUAAAUAUUAUUUAAACUUAUAAGCAUAAGUAUUAGGUAUAUUUUUUAAAGCAGCUCCAAAAUGCCAGUACCCCGUCAAGUGAACAACUUUUGUUUCCUAUACCUGAACGAUGUGACCUCACGCAUCGUGGCCAAAUCUGGCCGAGCUGGCGACCGCUUCCACUUGGGGAAGAUCAUCCUGGAAAGUCUCAAAGUGGCUCCAGAUAUGGACUUACAGAUCGACGCUGCAACGGGCCAAUCAGAGUCAUUCAAGUCAACCCUGAGCAGAUCAGUGCAGUGCGCGCGCUACCUCCGCGCUUCAUACGCUCCUGGUGACGUCAUCGCGCUGAUGGCCCCCAACCACCUGGACCUCACUGUGCCGAUAUACGCCUCCUUGUUCAAUGGAUUGACGGUAGCUGCUGUGGAGCACACGUGGGGUGUUGGUGAACUUCAAGACACAUUCAGUACAAUCCAGCCUAAGCUGGUGUGUUGCCAGCACGAGAAGCAGGCGGUAGUGCGAGAGGCACUCCAGAGGGCCGGCGUGAACGCCAACAUCAUCACCUUCGGAGGGGGAGAACACGAGUUAAAUGAGCUAAUCCGAAAUGUGGAGCCAAACGUGGAUGAUUUCAGUGUAACGGACGUGGACACGGCGGAGAGCAUCGCGUUCCUGGUGCCCACGAGCGGCACCACGGGUGCGCCCAAGAACGCGGCCUGCAGCCACCUCAACUUCACCACGCACCUGCCCUACUGGCUAUCGUUGUACGACACGUUCCCGUCGCCCACGCGGCUGAUAUUCCACCUGUCUCCGCUGCAGUGGGUCACCGGCAUCAUGAACUACCUGCUCUCGGCCAUAUUCCACGUCACCAGGGUGCAGACCUCGGCCCCCAGCUCUGUGGAGCACUACCACAGUAUUAUCAACAAAUAUAAGCCAACGUUCAUGAUCUGCAGCCCGACGAUGAUGGCGACGAUGGUGAAGCACUCUGGGCGGGACUCCUGCGACUUCUCCUGCUUCGAGAUCGUGAUGCUGGGCGGCAGCGCCGUCACCAGGGACAUUGGGGAGGAGAUCAAGAUUCGAGCUCCCAAUACACAAAUGGUACCAAAUUACGGAUUGACAGAAAUGGGAAUGAGUCUCUGUGGCUCCUACAAUAUUAACAAGCCGGUUUGUUUCAAAAAUGUCGGAGUGUUGAAGCUUCGGUUAGUUGACCCAGAUACUGGAAAGGACGUUUGUGAACCAUUUAAAAGUGGAGAGUUGUGGGGUCAAGGUCCUUCUAUUUUUAAGGGAUACUGUAACAGGCCAGAGGCUACCAAAGAAGCGUUCAGUGAAGACGGCUGGCUCAAGACUGGAGACAUCUUUCAGAGGGACGAAGAUCUCAACUACUACUUCGUGGAUCGCCUGAAAAUGCUGAUGAAGUACAUGAACUAUCAGAUAUCUCCAGUAGAGGUGGAGACGGUGAUCAAGCAGCACCCGGGGGUGUCCGACGCCGGCGUGGCGGGGGUGCCCCACUCCGAGUGCGGAGAGCUGCCGGUGGCCUGCGUGGUGAGGAAGCAAGGCGCCUCCGUUACUGCACAGGAGAUCAAGGAUUUGGUCAAGUCUUCGUUACAAGACUCGAAGCAGCUACGUGGCGGUGUCAUCUUCGUGGACGCAUUGCCCUUGACUGCUACUGCCAAACUGAACAGAAGGAAACUGAAGGAAUUGGUCUCCACUUUACCAAGAGAAUAAUAAUUAUAGAUACAUGUAUAAUAAGGUAGAUAGAUGUCUGUAUUUAUUGUAAAUAUCGAUCAGAAAAUAUAAGAUGAGAUAAGUACUUAGUUAAUUAAAAUAAAAUGAUGAAA